AUGGGAAUCCGCACUGGAGAUGAUGUCUGGCCUGAUCUCACCCCAUCCCUAAUGCUGGGAACUGGUGCCCAGCCACGCUCCAGCUGGGAUCUCCCAAACCCAAUCCAUCCCAUUAAGAAGGGGAACGACUUGAAGAAGGCCCUCACCUACCACCAAUACUUCGGUGAGCGCGCGGGAGAGAGCAAGUACAUGGAGUUCAAACACUACAGGUUAGGUUCGGGCACGAUCGAGUAG